AUGGCGACCGGCGGAUUGAAGCUCAACUUUUGGGAGAAUGGCCCUAAACCGGGCGAGUUUUAUUCGUUCCCUGGCAUCGGCGGUCCAAGUUCGGCUGCAGCUCCGAUUCGACGCACAUUGACUCCUAUGGUGACGGGAACGUCGGUGCUGGCCGUCAAAUUCACGGGCGGCGUCAUCAUGGCGGCCGAUAUGCUGGGCUCCUAUGGCUCCCUGGCCAGGUUCCGGAACAUCUCUCGCCUUAUGAAGGUGAACGAAAGCACCAUCCUGGGCGCUUCCGGCGACUACGCCGACUACCAGUACCUCAAGCAGGUCAUCGAGCAGAUGGUCAUUGACGAGGAGCUGGUGGGCGACGGACACAGCUACAGCCCCAAGGCCAUGCACUCAUGGCUCACCAGGGUCAUGUACAACCGCCGCUGUAGGAUGAACCCGCUCUGGAACACCGUCGUCAUCGCCGGAUUCUACCACGGACAAAGUUUCCUGGGUUACGUGGACAAACUGGGUGUGGCUUACGAGGCACCCUCAGUAGCCACCGGCUAUGGCGCCUACUUGGCUCAGCCGCUGAUGCGGGACGCUCUGGAGAAGCAGCCGGAGUUGAGCAAAGGUGAAGCUCGCCGGCUGAUCGACCGCUGCCUUAAAGUUCUCUACUACAGAGAUGCGCGCUCAUACAACAGAUAUGAGGUUGCCGUCGUAACGGAGGAGGGCGUGGAGAUCUUGGGCCCGCUGUCUUCUGAAACUAACUGGGACAUCGCGCACAUGGUCAGGGGCUUCGAGUGA